CUCGUGUGUACGGUAGGUACCGUAGCCGAGCUGGAAUCUGAAUCGUUCCUUACCUUUCCUGCUUGGCGUUCACAUUGCUUGCUCUUUGCAUGGAGCGAUAGGCAACUUCAAUGCUUUCACGAGGCGCUCAUCCGCUCAUUCCGACAUGGUGUAUGGCAUGCGCUCGAUUCACGAAGCGAGGAUCAAGAAUGGGAGUCUCGACUAUUCUGCAAAGCGCACGUGUCCGUGGCGCCUGGAACCUGCCUGCCUGCGAGCAAAAGGCAAGCUCAUCUCCGUAGCGGUCAGGAUCAAUAGCGGCGGGGCGUCACUCGACUCGACUUUGAUCAAAUCCAAAGACGCCUCAGGCUCGCCGAUUGAAUCGGACGAAGCCACUUGAUCGGGAGGCCAGCAGAAAUGGAGCCUCUUCUCUCGGCGUUAGCGGCGUAUAGUUAGCAAUCCGCUCGCAGACGGAUCUGCUUCCGGAUCUUCAUAUGGGCGACUGAUUGGACGGGUGCGUGCGUUCGCUCUACAGCUGAGAGACCUCGCACAUUCGACGAGUAGAUAUGCUUGCGACUUGGAACCCCCUCGCAGACCCAAUGCCUCUUCUAUUCGUGAUUCGCGAUUCUGUAUCUGAGCAUUUCACACCGCACCACACCCGGACGCCUUGGGAUUGAGACGCACACGCAGUCACAGUGUGGAUCAAAAGAGUAUUAGCGCGCCUCUGCUGUUACCGGUGGGUACAGUGGUGAGUAUAAUUAGCAGAGCCCGCCGCCGCGUCAUCAAUCACAGAUCAGGCACGCGCGGAGUCACGAGUCUUGAAGCUCUCCACCGCCAGACCAGAC